AUGUCAGUUAUUUCUGAAUUAGAAAAGCUGCAAAGAAUACUAAAAAAUCAUUUAGUAAAAAUGGGUCAUUUUAGGUCGAUUGAAGAAGUUGAGCAAGAACUACUAAAGAAUGAAUACCAAUUGUUGGCUUCAAAUAUUUUUAAAUCAUCAAAAGUUUCAGACCAUUACAAAAAUUUUGUUGAUUCACUUAAAAAAAUCGAAAAGCCAAACCUUGAGGUUGAAGAUGUCAAUCUAGUUGAAAAGUUCAAAAAUCUUACAAACUAUAUAUAA